AUUUCAGAACUCGCGUAACACCCAUUAGCCCGAAAUGCCCAACCAGAACUCCGAAGACAGAAAAGAAGCCCCGGAGGACUCGGGUUCAGACGAAGACCCACAAUUACAAACGCCAGGCAAUGGCGUUGCAGCGUACGAGAGACAGAGGCUGUCUAGAAUUGCGGAGAACAGGUCGAGAAUGGAGGCUCUGGGCCUGCCCAAGAUUGCUUCUGCGUUGUGGGGUUCGGCUCAAAAGGUGAGCGAGAAGACGAAGAAGAAUAACAAGAAGAAGAAGGGGAAAGAGAAGGUUGAUGAUGAUGAUGACGACGACGAGGAUUAUAGGCUUGAUAAGGUGGAGGAGGAGGGACUGAGUUCUUCGAGUGGAGAGGAAGAGAAUGAUUAUGAUGAUGAUGACGACUAUUUAGGUGAAACAUCUUCUGGGUCACGUAGAAAGAAGGUGAAGAGUAAAGGUUCAAAACCUAAGAAGAAAGUUCCUGCUCAAACGUGUUUGAGUGAGUCAGAUUACAUUGAUGAUGAUGAUGCACUGAAGCAGGCACUUGCUCUGUCUCUAGAAGGUUCUGCUGGAGUUUCAGGUGUGGUACAUUGCGGGCCUUCGAAAUUCUCUGAAGCUGAUGUAGGGAAUGCUAGUCUUAAUAAAAAUAAGGGAAAUACUCGCGUUCAGGAAGAUACAGGAAGGCGGAAGAGAAAAAAAUCGCAGUUUGCUAGUCGGUUGCAAAUGACUGAAGAUGAACUGGUCGUGCACUUCUUUCAGUUUGAUGCUGAGUGGAAGGGGAGCAUAACUAUGAGGGAUAUAGAAAGAGUAGCAAUGGCUCAUGAUUUUGUGUGGACUGAGAAGGAGUUGGCUGAUAUGAUCCGAUGCUUUGAUAGUGAUGGAGAUGGGAAGCUAAGUCUCGAUGAUUUUAGAAAGAUUGCCGGUCGAUGCAACAUGAUAAAAGGCCCUGAAAAUUCUUGACAGGUUCAAAGUAUUAACAAUCCAGUUGUACAGAUCAAUUUUCCAGGCAAGUAGCUUUUUCAAGCCCACCAACAUAUCAUGCUCUGGAACCAAUCUGCAAUGAUUUAAUCUUGUUUCCAGGAUUUUUUUUUGUUGGUUUUAAGUAUUAGCUAGUGAUAUUUUCUUUGAUUGUCGAGCUGGGAUGAUUAUCAUAAUUAUAUGAAGGCUAAUGGUUCUAGGAUAA